GGACAAUUAUUUCUUAAGCGGUGGUGCUUAAGUGCUGAAUUCUGGCUUUGCUUCAUUGGGCCUGUGGAUUUUUGUUACUGCCUGUUUCUGCAAAAUAAGUUGAACAGGCAAAAUGGACUUCUCCAAGCUACCCAAAAUCCGUGAUGAGGACAGAGAGGCUUUUGUUGGCUAUGUCCAUGGAGUCUCAGGACCUGUGGUCACAGCAUGCAACAUGGCAGGUGCUGCUAUGUAUGAGCUGGUACGAGUAGGCCACAGUGAACUGGUGGGGGAGAUUAUCCGACUGGAAGGUGAUUUGGCAACUGUCCAGGUGUAUGAAGAAACAUCUGGUGUCUCUGUAGGAGAUCCUGUACUCCGUACUGGCAAACCCCUGUCAGUGGAACUAGGGCCUGGCAUUAUGGGAGCUAUUUUUGAUGGUAUACAGAGGCCUCUCUCAGACAUCAGCACUCUGACCAAAAGUAUCUAUAUCCCUAGAGGUGUCAAUGUGUCGGCUUUGAGCCGAGAUGUCAAAUGGGACUUCACGCCUUCCAAAAACCUGCGGGUUGGCAGCCACAUCACUGGUGGAGAUAUUUAUGGUGUGGUGAAUGAAAACUCUCUUAUCAAACACAAAAUCAUGCUGCCCCCACGGAACAGGGGUACAGUUACAUACAUUGCUCCACCAGGAAACUAUGACACUUCAGAUGUUGUCUUAGAGCUGGAGUUUGAAGGUGUGAAGGAGAAGUUCACUAUGGUCCAGGUCUGGCCUGUACGUCAAGUCCGUCCUGUUACUGAGAAGUUACCAGCCAAUCAUCCUUUAUUAACUGGCCAACGGGUCCUGGAUGCCCUCUUCCCGUGUGUACAAGGGGGUACAACAGCGAUUCCUGGGGCAUUCGGUUGUGGGAAGACUGUGAUCUCACAGUCUCUCUCAAAAUACUCCAACAGUGAUGUCAUCAUUUAUGUAGGCUGUGGAGAACGAGGAAAUGAAAUGUCUGAAGUACUGAGAGAUUUCCCUGAGUUAACAAUGGAAGUUGAUGGCAAGGUAGAAAGCAUCAUGAAGAGAACAGCUCUGGUAGCAAAUACCUCCAACAUGCCUGUGGCUGCCAGAGAAGCCUCUAUCUAUACUGGAAUCACCCUGUCUGAGUAUUUCCGGGACAUGGGCUACCAUGUCAGUAUGAUGGCAGACUCUACUUCCCGAUGGGCUGAGGCCCUCAGAGAAAUUUCAGGGCGACUGGCUGAAAUGCCAGCUGACAGUGGUUAUCCAGCCUACCUUGGUGCCCGUCUAGCCUCUUUCUAUGAGCGAGCUGGCAGGGUGAAGUGUCUGGGAAAUCCUGAAAGGGAAGGCAGCGUCAGCAUUGUUGGAGCUGUUUCUCCCCCAGGUGGUGACUUCUCUGAUCCUGUCACAUCUGCUACGCUGGGCAUUGUUCAGGUUUUCUGGGGCCUGGAUAAGAAGUUGGCACAACGCAAGCACUUCCCCUCUGUCAACUGGCUGAUCAGUUACAGCAAAUACACGCGUGCCCUGGACGAGUACUAUGACAAGCAUUUUCCAGAGUUUGUCCCUCUCAGGACAAAGGCCAAAGAGAUCCUACAGGAGGAAGAGGACCUUGCAGAGAUUGUGCAGCUUGUGGGGAAGGCUUCCUUGGCAGAAACAGAUAAAAUUACCUUGGAGGUUGCCAAGCUGAUAAAAGAUGACUUCUUGCAACAGAAUGGUUAUACACCUUAUGACAGGUUCUGCCCUUUCUAUAAAACAGUGGGAAUGCUUUCCAAUAUGAUUGCAUUUUAUGACAUGGCACGCCGUGCUGUAGAAACCACAGCCCAGAGUGACAAUAAGAUCACGUGGUCCAUCAUCCGAGAGAACAUGAGCGAAAUCCUCUACAGACUUACCUCCAUGAAAUUCAAGGACCCUGUCAAAGAUGGUGAAACAAAAAUCAAGGCGGACUACGCUCAGCUGUUUGAGGACAUGCAGAACGCAUUUCGCAGUCUGGAAGACUAGACUCGACCUCUGUGACCGCUUCAGUUUGUCCUCUCAAUUCCUCAUCUCAACUCCUCUGCUUCCCUACCUUACAAGAACGAUGCAACAGUACUUGAGUUGAUAAAUAGCCCUAUGUUUUCCCUGUUCAUACUCAGAGAGUGUCCUUACAAAACAUUCCUCUUGGUUUGUGUUUUGGCAUUGCUUUGUGUGUCUGAAAUGGUGAGUGAUGUGUGAAUGGGUCUGGCUGAGUGAGGAAAUGCUGUUGUACACUUCUAGGGUGGGAAAAAUUUCACCUCGCCUCUCCCAGCUCUCUUGGUAACCGAUCUUUCACCUUGAGUGGUAACCAGUUGAGCUGUACCGGCAGAGGAGGUGUAGAUCUUAGUGCAGUCACACGGUACAUUCUGAGCUGGCAGUGGUAAGGGCAUUUACAUCUGGCACUUUGCUAAGUGACUAUCAUGAUGUAGAACUCCCUAUUCUCGAGCAGAAUUUUUGACCAUAUUCUGAUGACGUGUUGAUACAACCAAAAAUUCUUCAGUGUUCUGUCCCUUCUGCAACCCUCAGCUGAGUCUGUUGGCAUUGAAAUGUGGUAGUUCUGGAUCUCUCCAAGAAGGGACUAACUAGAAGAUGAGCAUGUACAAGUAGCCAGUAUACUUUUGUACACUGGAGAAAUAGAAUUUUAUUUUCCUACUUAAUACAGAUAGGACUGUUGGACUCAGCAUCAGCUCAAAUCAAAGCCAUAGGUGCUCAGCUUCCAGCAGAAUUUUACCUUCUUGCCUCCCACUCACCCCAUAAAAUUUCACACCACUCAGCUGCUUUAGUUUGUGAAGCUUGUGACUGCUGCUGUGUACUGCAGGACACGCAU